AUGAACCACUCCAUGAAUCAAUCAAGGGCUUGUCUCAAUUGCCAGAGACGAAAAAGCCGAUGCCAGCCCAGCUCCAAUGGCCCCGGACCUUGUUCCUACUGCGCACGCGCUGGCAAAGACUGCAGUUUUGUCAAUCCACCCAAUAGAACCCGACUUACGAGGAAGAAUCUCGAUGCUGUGGAGCUACGUUGCAGCAAGCUCCAGGCUCUAAUCAGGUCUCUGCAUCCAGACCUUGAUAUUGAUCUUGCCAUCUCCAAUCUCGAGGGUGGACAAGGCAUUACCUUGCCGGCAGAUGCUGAGUCGGACGAUGACUCCCCUGAGCAUCAAGAACCUGCUCAUGAGUUUGAGUGGAAUGAGGCCUCUGUGCCACCUGAUCUGGAGGACCAAGGUGAAGAGACUGGAGGCAUGGAUGGUAUGGCGACACUGAACAGUUAUGACGCUGGUUACCUGGGAAGCAGCUCUGGUGCCAACUUACUACAAGAGAUCGCCUCCAUGUUGCCAGAGCUCGCGGCGAUGAACUCCCCCAGCAAUAGCCAUGGAAAAUCCCCUGGCAAAGUUCAGAAGCCGAGCACAUCCCUCGAUCCCCCGACUCUGGCCAAUGCGGCAAUGACGAGCUAUCUUGUCGAUGCAUACUUCCUCUUCUACAAUGUUUCGUAUCCUAUUCUUCACCAACGGUCUUUUCGUGAGAAGGCUGCCUCACGGGGGUUGAAGCGAGGUAAAUCAUCUUGGAAUGUGAUAUACUACCUCGUCUUAGCUAUAGGACAUUGGAUAUCGACAUCCGACGCCCAUCACGCACGAUCUACGUUUUACACUGCUGCUAGAAACGCUUUGUCGAUUCAUAUGUUGGAGUCUGGGACGCUGGAGACUGUGCAAGCGCUUUUAUUGAUGGGCAAUUAUCUUCAGAAGAUGGACAAACCAAACACUGGAUACCACUUCAUAGGCAUCGCAUAUAAGAUGGCGCUUGGUCUUGGGAUGCACCGAGAGUCGCCUGAUGUGGAGGAAAGUGUUGGUCACGAAAGACGAAGACAGCUGUUUUGGGUUAUCUAUUGCUUUGACAGUGGCUUCAACAUCACAACUGGAAGACCCCCAUAUGCUCAGGAGGGCAUUAUCGACACUCGGCUCCCUCGAAACAUUGAUGACAAGGAUCUCGAACCAUCAAUGCUUAUACCACCAGCGGUCGACUCACCUACAGUACUGUCCGCUAUUAUUGCACAAGCAGAACUUGCCAAGCUUGCGAAUUCUCUGUAUAUCGAGUAUCUCACAGCGAAAACAGCGAACACAAAAGUGGAGUAUCAGGUUGCUGAGGCCCUUGAGCGUAGUCUCAAAAAUUGGCGACAGCACCUACCAACGUACUUCACCUCCGAGGAUGUGCCAGUGUGGUUCACAGGUCCCCGGGCUGUAGUUUUGUGGAAAGAACAGAAUCUGCGAAUUUUACUUUGGAGAGGCAGUAAGCGUAACCACAGCUAUCUUUCAGACAAGAUUGAUGCCGAAACACGCUGUCUUGAGGUUGCGAUGCAAACUAUUCAUGAGAUAACAACCUUCUGUGCCACAAACGAGGGCAUAUUACACCUUGGUAUCAUAUGGUAUGCCACCUAUUUCUUGUUUCAAGCGGUGCUGGUGCUUGAAGCGAGCUACUUACAUCGCAAAACGCAACACACACUUGCUGAUGAGACGUCGGUUUGGCGAAUGAUGGUUUUGAAAGCACAAAGCUGUUUGUCAAGUUUCGCAGAUAAAAGUAAAUCAUCACGACGGUGCCUGGAGGUUCUGGAUCUUAUCAACAAACGCACAGAAACAAGCAAUCAUUUCUCUGGGCUUACGGUACCACAAAUCGUUGGUCAUGAGGGAGCAAGCACACUUCACCUCCCACAAGAGAAUUCUGAUAGAACAGAACCAUCAAUUGGCCCACAAGCCGUCGACGCUGUUGAUCAUUCUAUGGAUACGUGGAUCCUGAACGAUGAUGGAUCUGACCCCACCAUGAGAAUGAUUUUGGACAAUACGCCAUGGGGAUAUUUGGACAAUGCACCCAUGGACGCUUUAUUCAACGAUUGGUUUCACCCAGACACCUUCGACGCGUAG